CUCUAUUCCAAUUUAUAAGCUUCUCAUCUCACUCUAACUUGGGUUUCCCUUCUCAGUGACUCCCCAUUUCUCAUUCAUAGCCGCGUUCUCGAACGCGGCAAAUUCACCACCAGCUAACCCAUAACCGCACUUUUUGUUUUUUCCCUCUCCAUAUUUUUUUAUUGAAAAAGUAAUUUCAUUCUUGCCCUGCAAGAAACUAGAAAAUGAAAGCAAAUUUAGGAGUGGAGGUUCCAUGGCAACUGGUAAUGCUAAUUCUCAUUGCCUUACCAUCUGUGCUUUUUCAUGUUUGCCAUGGCCAAACCGAUGAUUAUGAAAAUCCUGCAGCCCCACCACCUGGCCUGGAUGAAUGCAAUGGAUUAUUUCUCACCUAUUCUUUCAUAUCCCGCGAAAAAGAAUAUCCAAGGGUAAAGAAUGCAUCCGCACAGGCAUGGGCGUUCAAGUCAUUGGCAACGAUAACCAAUACAGGCCAAUAUGAACUAAAGGGUUGGCAGAUGUUUGUAGGCUUUCAGCACAAAGAAAUUUUAGUGUCUGCUUCCGGGGCAAUCGUCGUCGAUGGUGAUGAUUUCCCUCUGGAAGUUGGCAAUGGGACAACCUUCGCAGGAAAUCCGAUGACUGACCUGAAGACUGCAAUUGACACAGCAGGAGAUUUCACCCAGAUUUCAGCACAGAUUGAGAUUACAGGCUCGGUGUUUGGAAUUAAGCCACCAGGAGUGCCUAUGCCAAAGAAUAUAAAGCUUGUUAAUGCUGGGUACAAAUGCCCUAAAGCAACUUUGAAAGGAAAAACCUAUAUGCAAGUUUGUUGUAAGAAGGAUCCCAAAGCCAAGAAGGUUGACAAGAAAGUGCUCAAAUUCUUGCCUCGUCGAUACGGGGAUCUCUCUCUCACUUACGAUGUACUUCAAGCCUACGGUAGCAACUACCAGGCCCAAGUUACUAUUGAUAAUAUCAAUCCAUUAGGCCGGCUUGAUCACUGGAACCUAACCUGGGAAUGGAUGAAUGGAGAGUUCAUUUCCAAGAUGAGAGGAGCCUACACUCACAAAAGAGACUUUUCCGAAUGCGUUUACGGUCCUGCUGGAAAAUAUUACAAAGAUCUCGACUUCUCCACUGUUAUGAACUGUGAAAAAAAGCCAGUCAUCGCAGAUCUUCCUCCGGAAAGGAAAAAUGAUUCACAAGUUGGGAAGUUGCCAUACUGUUGUAGAAAUGGUACCCUUUUGCCAGCUAUAAUGGAUGAGAGCAAGGCAAGGUCCAUAUUCCAAUUGGAAGUCUUCAAAAUGCCUCCUUUCUUGAACAGAACUGCUCUUGUACCACCCGAGAAAUGGAAGAUUGAUGGAGUUGUCAAUCCUCAAUACAAGUGUGGCCCUCCAAUCAGAGUAGAUCCAACUGAAUUUCCUGAUUCAAGUGGACUUGAUUCUAAAACUUAUGCUAUUGCAAGUUGGCAAGUGACUUGCAACAUAACGCGUCCGAAGGAGAAGCUUUCACGAUGCUGUGUUUCUUUCUCUGCUUAUUACAAUAGAUCUGCCAUUCCCUGCAAUACUUGUGCCUGUGGUUGUGACAAUAAUAUAGGUUGCAGCAAGACUGCAAGAGCAAUGCUUCUCCCAGCAGAGAGUCUUCUUGUGCCUUUUGAUAACAGGACAAACAAGGCAUUAGCAUGGGCUGAUCUCAAUAAAUUCAAAGUUCCAAACCCAAGACCUUGUCCUGAUAAUUGUCCAGUUAGCCUCAAUUGGCAUAUUGACUCUGAUUACAAGACUGGAUGGACUGCUAGUGUCACUCUUUUCAACUGGGGUGAUUCUCCUUUCGAGGAUUGGUUUUCUGCAAUCCAAAUAAACAAAGCCUAUAAGGGCCUUGAAGGUGUGUAUUCCUUCAACGGAACCACGUUUGACAACCUCAACAAAACUAUCUUCCUUCAAGGCCUACCAGGUUUGAAUUUCUUGGUGGGAGAGGUAAAUGGAACUAAACCAGGAGAUCCAAGGAUUCCUGGAAAGCAACAAACUAAGAUAUCAUUUACCAAAAAACAUACCCCGGGCAUAAAUAUAGCACGGGGUGAUGGGUUUCCUACAAGAAUACUCUUCAAUGGAGAAGAGUGUGCUCUGCCUAAGCAAAUCCCCCUGUCGAGUGCAGAGCAAAAAUCUCCUUUUAAGUUCCUCACAGUCAUAAUCAUGGCAAUCAUGACUUUCAUUACGAUGACAGAUCACCUUCAUUGAUCGUCUUUCAAGCAGCGGAGCAGGAAGAAGUCUGUGACAAGAAAUGGAGCAUGAUGCAACAAUGAGUCCAGGGCCUGUAUCUUCUGAAGUUGAAUAUCAAACGGAAGAUGAGAAAGGUUGUAACCAAGUUCAAAACUGAAAAAAAAUAUCAUAAUUUUUACAAAACUCCAACUACUACCAGCAGUUAAUUAUAUGCAAAACAGUGAUGAAUUGCCCUCUGUAUACCGAUUCCAUACCUGUCUUUUUGUUUAUCUAGCAUGCCUUGAUGAGGUUUUAAUGGUAAUAGAAUAACUUUCAGUCCA